GUCUACAAGAAGACCAGCGGCAACGAAUCGGUAAGAACCCCCUCUGACAUCAUCACUGCAGGACACACUGGUGCUCUGAUGCACUUAUCGCAUAACAGAGCAGGAAUCCAUAGGCUUCCUCUAACAGAGCCAACCUAUAUGUAUACAGCACAGCGAUUCUUCAGGCUCCAUCAAGAUAACUUAGAUUAUGGCUUAUCCAUACCGUGUUGAUGUCAGGCAGGAAGUAACCUCUCGCUCUCCCGUUCCCUUUUUCCUAGAUUGCUCUCUACCUGGGGAAGAGAGACUUUGUGGACCAUGUGGAGAGUGUUGACAUCGUCGGUGUGUUAUAAAGUUCUCUGAAUGUCUUUACAGAGUAGUGUAAAUGUGUGUGUGUUAUAUCUACAUCUGUUUUUCUUAUAUGUUCUCUUGCAGAUGGGGUGAUCAAGGUGGACCCCACUGAACUUGAAGGCAGGAAAGGUAACAUUCAGUUGAUUUCAUUGUAUCUAUUGAACCCUGAAAACAUGCAUGAAGUCAUAUUCAACCAAUCGAGGUUCAGUUUAAAUACCGAAGCCCUAUCUUUCUGCAGUAUGGGUGUAUCUGGCAUGCGCCUUCCGUUAUGGUAGUGACGACCUGGAUGUGAUCGGGCUGUCAUUCAGAAAAGACAUCUGGGUACAAAGGAUGCAGAUCUACCCUGUUGUUGGCACCAAACCAGCCAACACCCCCAUGCAGGAGGCCCUCCUGAAGAAAUGUGGGGACCAAGGCCAUCCCUUCACUUUCACUGUGAGUCUUACUUUGUGGCAUUCCAUCUCAUCCUUCCACUCUCUUAGAUGGUGUUGGAAACCACAUCAGAGGCUUUUGUCACCAUGGACAUUCCCAUUCAGGGAAAUGGACAUACUAGCCUGUUGGUUUGUAUUUAUUCACACCUCAUCACUUCUUCCUUCCUGUCCAUUUCAGAUUGAUACCAACCUGCCAUGCUCAGUCGGCCUUCAGCCUGCACCAGAGGAUGCUGGCAAGGUACGUUAGUAUCUCUCUUUCUCUCUCAGAUGUUCUCUCUAUUUCUUCUCUCUCUCUUUCACUCUCUCGUUUUAAUCCUUUCAUCAAAGACAAAUGUUUUCUACCCCUGCAGUCUUGUGGUGUCGACUAUGAGGUGAAAGCAUACAUUGCCAAGGAGGCAGACGACCCUGAUGAGAAAAUUAGCAAGAAGUAUGUAUUAGUGGAAUGCCAUGAAUUUCACACAACUGUACAUGCCAUUUGCUGUUGCUAGGAAUCAGAUUAUUGUGUAUUCUGAUGGUUUUCUCCCUCUCUCCUGUCAGGGACACUUGCCGUCUGAUUAUUCGUAAGAUCCAGUUUGCCCCAGGCAUAGUGGGUGCUGGACCAAAGGCUGACAUCAGCAAGAACUUCAUGAUGUCGGACAAGCCAGUCCACCUGGAGGCCUCCAUAGAGAAGGAGGUAGGCCUGUAGAUUUUUAUUCUGUAAGCCUAGGAGAACAUUGAUUACUGUGCUAGUUUGCUAUUGAUAGGUCAUUCUGUAUGAUACCUUUUGAUUUGAACAUGUUUGCUUCCAUUUGGUGACCUUCAGCUCUAUUUCCAUGGAGACUCAAUCCCUGUAAAAGUCAAAAUCAACAAUGAAACCACCAAAGUGGUGAAGAAAAUAAAGAUUACAGGUGAGUCAAAGUGGUUGUGACCCGAGUUCGCUGUCUUCAUUGCGUGUGUACGUGUUUCAAAUCUUGAUUAUGACUGAAACAUCUCUUUCUGACCAGUUGACCAGACAACAGAAGUGUUGCUUUACCAAUCUGAUAAAUAUUCCAAGACAGUUCUUACUGAGGAAUUUGCGUAAGUCAAGAACACACUCAUUCCAUUACUACUGCAAUCUAGAAUUACUAAGCCUUAUGUCUACCUAUACCCCAAUACUCAACUCAAACACAACUUCCUGUUUGUGUGGUCAUCCUGUGCAGGGAGGAAGUAAAAGGUGAAUCCACCAUGGAGAAGACAUUCGUGGUGAUCCCUCUGCUGUCCAACAACAAAGAGAAGCGUGGUCUAGCCGUGGACGGCAGACUAAAGGAUGAGGAUACCAACCUGGCUUCCACCACAAUGUGAGUAAAUGAGUUCCCCAAGACAUACAGUUGAAGUCAGAAGUAUACAUACACUUAGGUUGGAAUCAUUAAAACUUGUUUUUCAACCACUCCACAAAUGUCUUGUUAACAAACUAUAGUUUUGGCAAGUCGGUUAGGACAUCUACUUUGUGCAUGACACAAGUACUUUUUCCAACAAUUGUUUACAGACAGAUUAUUUCACUUAUAAUUCACUGUAUCACAAUUCCAGUGGGUCAGAAGUUUACAUACACUAAGUUGACUGUGCCUUUAAACAGCUUGGAAAAUUCCAGAAAAUUAUGUCAUGGCUUUAGAAGCAUCUGAGAGGCUAAUUGACAUCAUUUGAGUCAAUUGGAGGUGUACCUGUGGAUGUAUUUCAAGGCCUACCUUCAAACUCAGUGCCUCUUUGCUUGACAUCAUGGGAAAAUCAAAAGAAAAGACCUCAGAAAAAGAUGUGUAGACCUCCACAAGUCUGGUUCAUCCUUGGGAGCAAUUUCCAAACACCUGAAGGUACCACGUUCAUCUGUACAAACAAUAGUACGCAAGUAUAAACACCAUGGGACCACGCAGCCGUCAUACCGCUCAGGAAGGAGAUGCGUUCUGCCUCCUAGAGAUUAACGUACUUUGGUGCGAAAAGUGCAAAUCAAUCCCAGAACAACGGCAAAGGACCUUGUGAAGAUGCUGGAGGAAACAGGUACAAAAGUAUCUAUAUCCACAGUAAAACGAGUCCUAUAUCGACAUAACCUGAAAGGCCACUCAGCAAGGAAGAAGCCACUGCUCCAAAACCACCAUAAAAAAGCCAGACUACGGUUUGCAACUGCACAUGGGGACAAAUAUCGUACUUUUUGGAGAAAUCUCCUCUGGUCUGAUGAAACAAACAUAGAACUGUUUGGCCAUAAUGACCAUAGUUAUGUUUGGAGGAAAAAGGGGUAGGCUUGCAAGCCGUAGAACACCAUCCCAACCGUGAAGCACGGGGGUGGCAGCAUCAUGCUGUGGGAGUGCUUUGCGGCAGGAGGGACUGGUGCACUUCACAAAAUAGAUGGCAUCAUGAGGAAGGAAAAUUAUGUGGAUAUAUUGAAGCAACAUUUCAAGACAUCAGUCAGGAAGUUAAAGCUGGGUCGCAAAUGGGUCUUCCAAAUGGACCAAGCAUACUUCCAAAGUUGUGGCAAAAUGGCUUAAGGACAACAAAGUCAAGGUAUUGGAGUGGCCAUCAAUAAGCCCUGACCUCAAUCCUAUAGAACAUUUGUGGGCAGAACUGAAAAAGCGUGUGUGAGCAAGGAGGCCUACAAACCUGACUCAGUUACACCAGCUCUGUCUGGAGGAAUGGGCCGAAAUUCACCCAACUUAUUGUGGGAAGCUUGUGGAAGGCUACCCGAAACGUUUGAUCCAAGUUAAACAAUUUGAAGGCAAUGCUACCAAAUACUUAUUGAGUGUAUGUAAGCUUCUGACCCACUGGGAAUGUGAUGAAAGAAAUAAAAGCUGAAAUAAAUCAUUCUCUCUACUAUUAUUCUGACAUUUCACAUUCUUAAAAUAAAGUGGUGAUCCUAACUGACCUAAGACAGUGCAUUUCUACUAGGAUUAAAUGUCAGGAAUUGUGAAAAACUGAGUUUAAAUGUAUUUGUCUAAGGUGUAUGUAAACUUCCGACUUCAACUGUAGCUCUACCACACCUUCCUCUCCUUCUGUAGAUGACGAUAAAACACAUUUAGUGCAUUUAAAUGCCUGAGGUAACACAUCCCUGUCCUGUCCUCCCCUCUCCUAGCAUUCGUCCUGGCAUGGAUAAAGGAAUGCAGGGAAUCAUGGUCUCUUACAAAAUCA